CUGGCUGUUAUGUCAUUCUUUAGUUGAAGUUUCUAUUUCUAACCUAUAAUUAAAUACCAAAUAAUUCUUAAUAUUACAUUAUUUGCUUUGAUUUUAUAAGUUAUAAUGGCACGUAAUAUAGCCGAUAAUGUACGAAAACUGUUAUUGCUUGGACAGUGCGUACCAACAGUCAAGCAGAAUGCCGCUAAAAUCAGAGUAAAGCGGUUAGAAUUAGAUGAGAAUUUAUUAAUGUACUUCAGAAAAGAUGAAUUCUACUACUGUUCAGAUCCCGACAAAGUAUGUAAAACAGGAGACAUUGUACUCAUAGAAGCUUUACCUCAAAAACUAACAAAACUCAUAACUCACCAAGUUAAAGAGGUUGUAUAUCCAUUUGGCGAUGUUACUGACCCUGUUACUGGCAAGAAAGUAGCUAAAGAGAAGUAUAGAGAAGACAUUGAGAGACAAUCUGAGCUCUAUGGGAAGUUGGAAUCAGCAUUUAAUUACAAGAAAGCCCCACCUCGAGGUUGGCAAGAUGGAAAGAAAGACUUUACUUCCAAGCCUACAUAUACCAAAUUUCAUGUGUUUGAUGAAAAUGAUCCUUAUGCUAUUUAAAUUAACUGUUAUUUGUAGUUUGUAAA